GGAGCUGGGCUGCGGGGAAGGUGACCGGGCAGCCCGCUGCGCGCCCCCGCUUAGCCAGCAUGCCGGCGCUGCAGAGACCGGCUGCUCUUGUGACACUGGUGAGCGGAGCCUGCGCGAGGGCGGCGGGCUGCUGGGUAAGGAGUUCUUCAGGUACCUCUUCGUCCCCUUCCCGGCCAGCAAUUGCAGCCAAACACCCAUACCAAGUGGAUUUGAAGGCAGGAAAGCGUUACGCGUGGUGUGCCUGUGGCCACAGCAAGAAACAGCCUUUCUGUGAUGGAUCCCAUAAAACAGCAGCCCCAGAUCUCUCUCCCCUGAGGUUCCAGCUGGAGGAGGCCAAGAGCGCCUGGCUGUGUGGGUGCAAACACACCAAAUCCCCUCCUUACUGUGAUGGCACCCACAAGGAGGAGUUCAUUCAGAAAGCAGAGGUCCCUGGGCAGCCUUGAUGGGGGGCUUCCUAUCCUGACACAAGCAGGGGGGCCCUUGCAGCCUGUUUUGAGGGGCGGGGGGGCUGUAGGAACGGGAAGAUGUUCAGGCUUUCAAUGUUCUCUGGUGUAUUGGAUCAAGUUGUCCGAACAGCUCCAGGUUCCGUUCUUCUUUCCCUGUAAAUGAAGUUCUGUACAGACCAGGCCAGUCAAACACAGGGGCACUGGGCUGGCGGCUUCAUCCAGCUGCCAAGAAGGAUCAAAUAAAAGCGACAAGGCCUUUUUCACGUUGCUGGCACAAAGAGAAAGAUGGGUUUAGUCUGCAUUGUUGCAGCUCCGUGUUAUAAAAUAACUCCCAGCAUUACAAAAACAGAGCCGACUGGGUGGGUAAUACAUAGAUUCUCCGCAAAGAAACUUCCAGCCCAUGGGAGCAAAUGGGAUCCCAAUGCACAGCUGUUGUAGGAGGAAAACUGCGUAUCAUGAUCUAUCACCAGUUCCUCUGGACUGUCCCCGCAGCCUUUGUAAACCGUAAAAAAAAUGAGGAACUCUGUUGGCUUCAGAUUAACGAGCCUGCCGCUCAUAUCAGCCCAGCUGUUCCCGUUUGCCUUGUCCCCAGCCUGAUUGUAGCUGGAUCCGGAUUCUUCGAGGACUUUGUUUUCAGUUGAGGCUGGAGAUUUCCCACCCCGACCCCAGUUGAAUUAUUCCUCGUUGAGCUGGCACUUGAUGUCUCAUGGAAGUAAAGUGAAGCACGUACCCAAGUGGUUGCAGGAUCAGGGCCCAAUUGUUUACGUUAAAGGUGGCCUGCAAAGGGAAAAAAAUAGGCCUGUGUGGUUUUUCCUUCUUUGUGAUGGAUAAAAAGAACCAGAAGAAUUGGGAGGUUUGGGCUUGGAAAGGAUGGAUUUUUUUUUUUCCUUCUCUGCUUGCCUCUUUGCUCGGGGAUGUCAAGUUUUGUGUAGUUCUCUGUUUCUGGUGGCAGAUUCCCCGGAGGACGCAAAGAUGCGGAUUGGGAAUUUUCUCAGCCCUCCAACAGAAGGAGUGGCAAAGAGAUUUUAUUUGUGAACUCCUUUUCCCUCAAAACUUUGAAAGCCCCACCGUUUUAAGCAGUUGGACUGAAAACCGUCAGGACUUCCCUUCUGAAUGGAACGACGUGUCACUUCCUUGCUAUCCGCCAUAAACCUCCAAGUUCAAGUUUUCCAUAGACUCUCCCAGGAAAGACAAGAUCUGAAUUUUUAAGGCCUUGUCUACACACACCCAAGUUGUAUCAGUUUAACUAUAUGGGUGGAUCCAUUUAUACUGGUAUAAAGAUGCUUAUACUGGUAGAACUAUUUCCCAUAUGGGAAGGGGAAUAAGUUAUACUUGUGAAAGGCACUUUUGUAUACCAGUGUAACUGCUAGAGAUUGUAUUGGUAUAACUAUAUUGGUUAACAAAAAAUCAUACCCUUCAGUGUACCUAGUUAUACAGGUAUAAAAUCUGUGUGUAGCCAAGGCCUUAAUAUAUACAAAACAAGCAGAAGAAAAAGUAACAAAAAAGCAACUUUUCAGGCCUUCUUAACUCCUAAUCAGGAAGCAAAAAAACCACAUUUCUUUUUCUUUACAGGUCAUUUUUUAACAAUCAAAUUGCUCUUUCCUCGUCUGUCUUUGUUCUCACAAGGGGGUUCUUACAAGACAGCUGUUUUUGAACACGAUGGGGAGAGCUGUAACUGACAAACCUCCACUUUUUUGUUGACCUCUGUUUAGGCACAACGGGUAAAAAUUUUGAAAAAUGCCUACGUCGCUGGAAUUCAAUGGGACUUAGGCACAGAUCCUCAAAGAUAUUUAGGCACCUACCUCCCAUUGAAAUCAACGGGAGUUAGGCAUUUAAACGCCUUUGGAGAAUCUGACCUUAUUGCUGAUCUUGAAUGGUUGUUUUGAUUAUGAAACGGUUAAUAAAAUAUUAACAUCCAG